AGUUUGGCCAGUCCUCGUAGUUUCAUUGUUUGAAAUUUUUUUGUUUUUAAAUAACUUUUUAUUCCGUAAAAUUCCGUAAAUGAAAUUUUUUUUCCUUAGCAAAACUCACUUUUGUUUUCCCUUUUAGUUUUCCCAUUUGCUAAACGCCAUGAUGUACGUAGUGUAUUCGAUGAUUCAGACAGCCAAGAUCGCGAUGGGGUUGGCACACCACCGCGUGGGUCCCCACAUCGUGCAGGACAGCAACUGCAAUACCAAGCUGCUGGCCCCGCUGCCCCAGAUGCAGGACAGCGAGGGCGAACCGCAUCAGCAGGAGCAGCGCAAGGAUCAGUCCAACAAGUUCAACCAAAUCAUUAUGGACUUUCUGAAACGUGAGAAGUUUGACAGGAAGGACGAGGGGAACGUAAGGCGUUACGCCUGCAGGCAGCGUGCACCGGCCGUCGUGGAUCACAAGAGCUACGUCAAUGGGGACUCGAUUCUCAAGCGCUACUCCGACACACAGAACCUGGCCAAAUUGUGCGCCAAGCUGACCGACGAGCUGAACGCGGAGCGAACGAGGAAUGAAGUUCUGCUAGAGUUCUAUGUAAACAAGCCUUCGACCUUUCUUGAUCGACUUAUCAAGCUGCAGCCCCAGGCUCAGCCGGCAACCGAAGUGAACAGAAACUAGGAACCAGAACUAGUACCAGUCGCACGCUCGUGUCCAGCCUUAAGCCGGUAAAUAGCUGCCAAAUAGU